UGGAAGAAAACAACGUGUGUAGGCUACGAGUGAGAGAGGAACGCGAGCUCUUUUACGCAUUUGGCACGCACGAGUUUUUAGUCGUUCAGAAUGGUCAGUAGUUGUAGCGGUUAUUAUUUACAAAAAGGUGGAUGAAGAUUGCGUUUGAGAGAAACUUCUGGGAGUAGGUGGGAAUCUUUGUCAUCUACACUUUGCCAAAAUUGCUUGGCGAAAAUAGUCCAGGAAACCUUUAAAACAGAUUUAGUCCACUACGUUUCAGCCUUCAGGAGAGGUUAGCCCAGGUUGUGCACACUGGAGAAUGUGGCCACAUCAAUGGAUGCUUAACGACUGAGAGCGAAGGAAACAAGAAAGCUAAACUGAGAAGUAUUUUUGGCGACCUGGAGUAGAGAAUGUGGCGGGGACAUAACGGGGCAAAUGGGCAGUACGUCUCCUGAUUUUGGAGAAAUUCACAAGGGCGCAACAAGAGAUAAGAAAAUAUGUUGCGUGUUUGAAUGGUCCGGUUGUUUUUUGAGCAUUUUUUCUUACCUAAUGGACAGCUUAAUUGUCGCUACACUUUCACUCUCCCAGAAUUAAUAUCAACUUCAAAGAUUAAGUUUGAAAUCGCCAACUUCCACAAGGAUGCCAACAUAUUUUGAACAUUGACUUUACCUGUAGCUGUACAUAGAAUUGAAUUUGGCCCUCCUAGGCUGAUGUGCAAAAGAAACGAACAAUUCAACAGAAUUGCAUACUUAUUUUAAACACCUGGUCCCAAACUCUUAUUGCACAGAUUUUUUGUCUCCAUUCAGAUUCCCUUUCCCUUUAAUUUUGUAAUUCUGAAUCCCGAAGUGGCUCCGAAGUGGUGUUGCGGCUCCUCGUCCGCAGCGGAUCCGGAGAUCGGAGUCGCUGCAACGGGAGGAGGCGGUGUUGGAACUCCGGUCACACCGCAGGGUCCGAAAGCCGGUCGAGUGAAAAGGAUGAUUCGACUCGCGGCAGAACUCUUGUUGCUUUUAGGACUUCUAAUUCUUACUUUGCACAUAACGGUUCUACGGAGCAGUCCGCUUCAUCAAGGAAAUGUAACUUUGAGCCAGGAUGAGGACAGUCUCCGUGCUGAGAAUAAUGCCAAAGCAGAGAGCAGCUUGUCAGCCCAGCGGGGUCCGGGGGACAGGAAGUCUGGUCCGGAGCCACGCUUGCCCCACCGCCCAGCGGCGCUUCCCUGGACCCAGACCCACGGCACCGGGGCUGGCCUGCAGAGAGAUGGGCCUGGGGCCUUCCUUCUGGACCUCCACAACUUCCCUGACCUCUCAAAGGCUGAUAUCAACGGGCAGAACCCCAACAUCCAGGUGACCAUCGAGGUGGUGGAUGGGAGGGAGGGGGUGGAGCAGGAGAAGGGCCUCAGGAAGGAGAGCAAGCCCAGCUGGGCGGCUCCUAACUGGAGGAACUGGUGGCAACACUCUUCCUCCUCCUCCUCUUCCUCGGUUUCCACCCCUCGCCGUGCGGAGGAGCAGGACCAAUCACAGGGCAGCAACACGGAGGACAGCAACUUCCUGAAACCGUUGGGAGACUGGGACCGGAGGGGCGCCGCGGGGACGGGCGGCAAGGCCCAGACGGAAUACGACUACAUAGACAGCGAGGGAGACUGGAGUAACUGGUCGCCAUGCAGCGUCACCUGUGGCCAUGGCAACCAGAAGAGGACGAGGUCAUGUGGUUACGCGUGCACGGCAACCGAGUCACGUACCUGUGACAUGCCCAGCUGCCCAGGAAUUGAAGAUGCGUUCAAAACGGCCGCCACAGAAGUCAGCCUGCUGGCUGGAACGGACUUCAACGCCACAGAGCUCUUUGGUGUCGACACAGACAGCUGCGAGCGUUGGAUGAACUGCAAGAGCGAGUUCCUGAAGAAGUACAUGACCAAGGUAGGUAACGACCUACCCAGCUGCCCCUGUUCCUACCCCACCGACGUGGCUUACAGCACUGCCGACGUCCCCGACGCCCCCACGCGGAGACACUUCCGCUGGAAGGACGCCAGCGGCCCCAAGGAGAAACUGGAGAUCUACAAGCCCACGGCUCGUUACUGCAUCCGCUCCAUGCUCACCCUGGACUCCACCACGCUGGCCGCGCAGCACUGCUGUUACGACGACGCCAUGAAGCUCAUCACCCGGGGGAAAGGCGCGGGGACUCCCAACCUUAUCAGCACCGAGUUCUCCGCCGACCUCCACUACAAGGUGGACAUCCUGCCCUGGAUCAACUGCAAGGGAGACUGGAGCCGCUACAACCAGGCCAGACCUCCUAACAACGGGCAGAAGUGCCCAGAAAACCCCCUGGAUGAGGCCUACUACAAACAGGUGGAGGAAGCCCGGGAGUUCUAGCUCCUGUGAAGUGUGACAGAGGGAGGGGGAGGAAAAUGAACGUUUUCUUUUUAAUCUAGAAAAUAGUCCUACAAUCGUGGGGGGGGGGGGGGGAACUGGACUGUCUGUGAAAAAGAACUAAGAUGCAUCUCUUAUGGACACAAGGAACUGUUCUUGUCUUCAACGUAACCAGAAACAAGUAUUGUCUGGUCAUAAUUGCUAUGAAAUAUGUCUCUAAAUCAUAAGACAAACGUAUGAUGAUUUUGCCAUUAAUUAUUUUGCCAAUAAUAUUUUUUCAGUAUCACUCU